UUCCAAUCUUCCAAUACAAAUACAAAGUAAUUGUAGACCCCAAUUUUUAUCUACUCCAAUCAAAAACAACACCUACUCAUAACUAUCCCGUAACAAACUCGAACAAACGCUUCAAGAUACCUAUGUUCGCACAGCAUCAGGUACGCGGAUAUAGAAUCCAGAGACAAGCAACGAGAUAGAAAAAAGGAGGGGGAGAGAGAGAUGAAAACGUUUUCGCAUUGCCAUGGCGAUAUUCGUCGACAAUAAAUUUCUGCCUUGACACCCCACGAAAAUAAUCAUCACAUGCUCCAUCUUUCAACAAUAGUCCACGAACUCCAGAAUGCGCUCCUAUCCUUCUGAGGCACAACCUGACCGCCUUGGUAACUAUUAUUCUUAUUACGUUUCCGAUACUCUAAUAGAUCGAUUACGCCAACCUAGCGUGAUCGUGCCGCUACUCCUCCUCUUAUUUACCAUCUUCUACCAAUAUCUCCAUACUUCGCCCUUCUCGCAACCACGGAAUCCGGCAGAGGUACUUUGGGACUUUAUAGUAACGAUCACUCCUGCGAGCGUACUCUAUGCUAUCGACAGUUGGCUCCAUCCACCAAUAUUCCCGAUUCCGGGGUCUAUGCUAUCAAAUCAAUCUCGAUCGCACGACGCUAAGAGCGAGCUUCUUAAACGAAUUCUUGGGAUGGGUGGGCCAGGUAACAUAAUAACAUCUGUAGCCGAUGCUGGCAUAAGAAGUCUCUCUAGUUUAUCAAACACUACAUUUGUCAAACAUAACACCGACCGGCCUCCCGGCCUAGGAAAUUACGAUAAUUCCUGCUUCCAGAACAGCAUCCUUCAGGGACUAUCGUCGCUAAGACCAUUUCCGUUAUAUCUUGCCAGGGGUCUCGAAAGAGAUGGUUCUAGGAGUGAUGGGGAGUUAGGCUCAGCCAGUUCAUUGCGGGAUCUCAUCUCGAAGUUAACGGGCGAUGACUAUAAUGGGAAGACCUUAUGGACACCCGGAAAGCUAAAAUCCUUAGAUACGUGGCAACAGCAAGAUGCGCAGGAGUACUUCUCUAAGAUACUAGAUGAAGUUGAAAAGGAAAUUAUGAAAAAAGUAAAACCUAUCUCCCAUUCGCCCGGGUUCGAAGCGACUGGUAUUAGAGAUGAUACGGAGGACAGUCAGCAUAGUGACGAUAGUGGAUACCAGUCGCUACCAACCCUUUCUAAAGCCGGAUCUGAUGCUAGACUUCUAAGACACCCCCUUGAGGGCUUACUGGCACAGCGAGUAGCAUGUGUUCAAUGUGGCUAUUCCAACGGGCUUUCUCUGACCCCGUUCAACUGUCUUACUCUUAAUCUUGGCCUCGAACAGACAGAACACGAUCUAUACGAGCGGCUAGAUUCCUAUACAGAUUUAGAGACUAUCGAGGGGGUUGAAUGUGCCAAGUGUACGCUACUAAGCUAUCAAAAGCUGCUUAAACUCCUCCAGUCUCGUAGGAAAGAAGACGCGACGGAAACCGAAUUACGAAAGCUAAAUUCUCGGUUAGAGGCCGUGGAACUUGCUCUUGAGGAGGACGAUUUCCAAGAAACCACCCUGAAGGACAAAUGCGAAAUACGUAAACGCGUCAAUUCUACCAAGACUAAACAGGUAGCCAUAGCGCGAUCCCCCCAGAGUCUUGCGAUUCAUAUGAAUCGCUCGGUGUUUGACGAAAAUACAGGCCAGAUGUUCAAGAACCUCGCAGCAGUACGAUUUCCGAAGACGCUUGACCUUGGACCAUGGUGCCUAGGAAGUGCCAGCGGACCAGUUAAUCCCAUUCAAGAGGUAAAUUCUGCAGACAGUUCCUCGGAAGACGAAGAGCAAUGGGUUACAGAUCCGAAGCUGUCGAUGGUUUCAGGCGACAUGAAACCUUCUAAGAUCAGUGGUCCACUUUAUGAGUUACGCGCAGUCAUAACCCAUCAAGGACGACAUGAAAAUGGCCAUUAUGUAUGUUAUCGAAGGCACCCCUGUAAGCCGUCAAAACUUGAGGACGAAGAAUCCGACUCUGGUAUUGGGAGCGAGAGUAACGCAGAAGAUGACCAAAGCACACUGGUCGAUGGAGACUACGGUGGGUGCACCAGCUCGGAUUCCGUCGCAAAAUGGUGGCGUCUAAGUGACGAGACAGUGUGGGAAGUAUCUGAAGAGACUGUCUUAGCACAAGGCGGAGUCUUCAUGCUUUUCUACGAUUGUGUCGAUCCAAACUCGGUUCUUGUUUCUACAAUUCAGCAUCAUGAAGAAGAAGAGGCGGAGUCGUGCAACGAUACCUUCAUGCCUCUCGAGGGCCAAGAUGUUGAUAAUGUUAUAGAAACAGACGACAUUGAGAAGUCAGGGGAUGAGCUACUGGAAAAUGAUGAACAGUCUGAAGAUAUACCAUUGAUCGAGGAGCUUCCAGACGACGUCGCGAACCAGUCGAGUGAUAAUAGCCCCAAGAUCGAGGCCAAUGGUACACAGCCUCGAGAACCGAUAUCUGCAGGGUCGAGUCUCAUCCCACCUCUUAGGGAAGGCGAAAAGGUGGACUCUAGCAUUCCCCUUCACUGGCCUAACAGUUAAUGACGAAUGGAAAUACUCGGGUUUUUCUUGGGCUAGCUUACUAUAACAGCUGGAUGAUAACGGGCAAUGAAUGUAUUAUAAUAGCCUCCUUCUUUGCAUAGCUACGGCGUUCUGGCGGAGUUGGCCAUAGAAGGCUUUUCAGGCUUUGUAUUUAGCCAUGAUGCAGCGGGCAUGUACUUAUUCAGGCGUGUGUACCCUUUGGUGACAACCCCUGGAGAGGGUUGGCAAACAACUUAAACCUCGUCGUUCUUUUUUGUUUAUUAGCAUCAGUGGAACACUAUGUUCCAUCCCACGCCAUCAUUCUAGCUCUCUAUUAGAUGGCUGUUUUGUACAAUCUAAAGGCUGGGACGGAGUGCAAAUGAAUCACUAGGUUGGAGCAUUGGAUACGUAGAUAGACAUACAUCUAUUCUAUCUGUACUUAGUUACGUUGAUCAUAUCGGGCAAAAUGUAACGAGACACGUCAACUAUGGCA